AAGAUUCUCUUUGGGUUAUUAUUAUAAAUAUAACCUACAGGGAAUGUUUCCAGAACGUUCUUAUUUGGUAUCCAAAAAAAUAACCAAAUGGGAAACAUAUGUGAACUUUAGGGGACGUUCUGUGUUUGCUGGGUUGGUAGCAUCCAUGGGUGCGGCUCCGGAACAACAAAGAAACACAACCGAGAGAAUUUAAGUAUUUAAUUUGUUACAUUUAAGUAUUUUACAGCAAAAUGAUGACCAUGUUCGUGUUUGCAUUAUUUGUGUGCGGUGUGUUUGGUAGUGAGUUUGUGUCAGUGAUGGAGGGAGAUUCUGUCACUUUAUCUGUCAGUCUCACUGAAACACAGAGAAAAGAGGGAAUCUCCUGGAAGUUUGGACCUCAAAAAAUUACCAUAGCUGAAAUCGAAGUUGGUGACAAUAACAUCUGUUUAUAUGAUGAUAGAGCUGAUGGGAGUUUUAAAGGCAGAUUGAAGUUGGAUCACAGUGGAUCUCUCACCAUCACAAACAUCAGAAUCACAGACUCUGGACUUUAUCAACUAAUCAACACCAACACAAACAACCAACUCAAUAUAUUCAAUCUUGGUGUGUUUGGUAGUGAGUUUGUGUCAGUGAUGGAGGGAGAUUCUGUGACUUUAUCUGUCAGUCUCAAUGAAACACAGAUAAAAGAGGGAAUCGCCUGGAAGUUUGGACAUCAAGAAAUGACCGUACCAGAAACAACCAUAGCUGAACUAGAAGAUAAGGGAAAUAAUGUCCGUUUCUACAAAGAUAGAGCUGAAGGAAGAUUCAGAGACAGACUGAAGUUAAAGAAACACACUGGAUCUCUGACCAUCACAAACACCAACAUCACACACACUGGACUUUAUAAAGUCAUCAACACCAAAACAAACACCAAACUCAAAACAUUCAACAUUACUGUCCAUGGUGUGUUUGGUAGGAAGUUUCUGUCAGUGAUGGAGGGAGAUUCUGUCACUUUAUCUGUCAGUCUCACUGAAACACAGAGAAAAGAGGGAAUCUACUGGAAGUUUGGACCUCGAGAAAUCACCAUAGCUGAAAUUGAGGUUGGUGACAAUAACAUGCGUUUAUAUGAAGAUAGAGUUGAUGGGAGAUUCAAAGGCAGACUGAAGCUGGAUCACAGUGGAUCUCUCACCAUCACAAACAUCAGAACCACAGACUCUGGACUUUAUAAAGUGACCCAAACCAGCACAGACAACCAACUCAAUGUAUUCAAUCUUACUGUUGAAAAAUGA